AUGCACCCGCAGGCAGUCUGUCAAGAUGCUCAAGCAAGUGUGUUUGAUACUACAUACCUUGGCCCCAUGUUCAUCCGUGCCGGUGGAAAAAAGCACCUCGGGCGCAGCUUGGCCAUUUUGGACCCAGUGCUGCUGGCCAUGCCAGCGCGCGAUAGCAUCCGUCAAGACCGUGCUGUACAAGUGACCUAUGUGCGGCCCUGUGCGAGGGUGCCAGCCAACACCACCAAAGCAGACACGACAAGCCAGCAUCAGCUGCGCAAUACCGAUCAUGGGGUGGGGGUGCCCUUGCCACUGAAUCAAAUCACACGGCAAGGCUGGAGAGUGAUCGCCAAGAUCCUGUGCUCAUCACAGCCGUUGCCAGUGACCUCGGCGCCACCACCGCUUGCCGAAGCGCCAUCCCUGCCAUGA